CAAAUGGAAAAGCAAUUACAAAGCUCCCAAAAGAGAGCAGCUCUGAGACUAAAUGAGGAUGUUUGUGAAACAAAUGCACAUUUAAAGCAGGCUUUUAUGAAACAGUAUUUGUGUUUUGCACUGCUACCAAGCUAGUUUAACUUAUUGCAGAGAUGUCAGUUUUGACAAAUGUUUCUUUUUCCAUUUUGUUAAGUAUGUCAAAAAUAGAAGUCUUUCUUCUGAAUUGAACUUUUCCCCUCUGCAAAUUCAAAUGAAACUUCUCAGUUGGUUGAACGCAGGCUGCAAAAGCUUCUUCUGCAUAAUCCAACUGUCAGAACACAUGAAAAUCCGUGUGAAGCCUUCCAGUCCCUCAGCAGAUGUAUACAGGGGGCUAACUUUUACUGACACUUGUUAUACAGACCGUAGAGCUCACUGUUUGGCAGAGACUGUAGGACUGUCAUCUUUGCUGACAAAUGUGAUUUAUUUAUUUAUUUGCAGAUAAGCCAACAUAAUGUUGAUGUAACAUAGUGGUAACUGCUGAACCUGCCUGGGAAAACAGCUGGAGGAUUUUCGAAUAACCAUCACUGCUUGUUCCAAGUGUGAGAUUCCACCAUUAUCUCUGAAAAUAUGUACAAGGAAGAUUUCAGGAAUAUUACUGAAGAGAACAUAGCCAGCAAUGGCACCUUCUCUGACUUUGCCCACACCAACACCACAAGAGCUAUCCUGAUUACCGUCUACUCAGUUGCCUUUGCUGGAGGUGGGAUAGGUUCCACUGCAAUGUCAUUUGUGCUGGUCAAGAUGAACAGUCUGUCUGUGACCACUACAGCCAUCAUUAACCUAGUCGUGGUACAUGGUCUCCUUCUCCUCACAGUCCCCUUCCGUCUGCACUACUAUAUCAAUAAAGAGUGGAUCUUCCACAUGCCAUUCUGUAAAAUGGUGAGUGCUAUGGUGCACAUCCACAUGUAUCUGACUUUCCUAUUCUACGUGAUCACACUGGUGAUCCGGUGGUUGAUCUUCUUUCAGUGGAAGGAUAAGGUAGAGUUUUAUAGGAAGCUACAUGCCAUUGCCGCAAGUGUCGCCGUGUGGGUCAUCGUCAUCAUCUUCAUGGUGCCACUCUUCUGCAUUCAGUAUGGGCGCUCAGGGAUGUAUGAUGACAAAGCAUGCUUUAAAUUCCACAAGGAGCUGAAACAGGACAGCGUGAAAGUCCUGAACUACCUAGCCAUUGCAGCUGUCGCUUUAAUUACUUCUGUUCUCCUGGGCCUGCAGAUUUUCAUUCUGGUCAAAGUAUCGAGAAAACUCUCCACCUCUCUCUGGUCACAUCAAGAGUUCUGGGCCCAGGUGAAGAACUUGAUAUUCAUCUGUGUCAUCAUAAUUUGCUUCCUUCCCUAUCACCUCUUUAGAGCCUACUAUAUAAAGCAUGUAAACGACAGUGAAAAGUUAGAAAGCUACAAUGAAGUUUUUUUGAGCCUGACUGCCCUCAGCUGCCUGGACCUGCUGUUCUUCGUGCUGAGUGGAAGCCGUCUCUUCAAACAAAAGGUUGGCAUGCUUCGAAGCAGGCUGCCCUGCUGCUAGCUCCAACUGUGUGGGGUCCUGGAAUCUUGCAGAGCACAGUGCCAGAGAGACAUAGUACAUCCACUCCCCAACACGUCAAAGCAGGCACUGGAAACAACAUAAAACUGCUCCCCAAAAUAAUACACUACUCUGGGAGGUGCUGGUGACACCCUUGAGAGUACAGAGGCCUUGCAGAGAAGUCUUGACAAAUGUGAGGGCUGGGCAGUCACUAAUGACACAAAGUUUAACAAGAGCACCGGAUUCUGCACCUGGGGCACAGCACUCCUCUUCCAGUGCUGGAGUUCAAGAAGCAUUUGAACAAUGCUCUCAGUCACAGGGCUCAAAUUUUGGGUGGUCCUGUGUGGAGCCAGGAGUUGGAUUGGCGAUCCUCAUGGAUCCCUUCCAACUGGGAGCAACCUAUGAUUCUAUGGUACAUUUCUGUUUCCUCUUGUAGUGACAUCUUUUGUGAAGAAAAAUACAUUACGUGCAUUCUGUAAGCACUGCAUCUUUGUAACGCUAUAAAUCUUUUUAUAUAAUAAAGCUUUUUUAUCAAAGAAAAUAGCUUUGUGCUCAAAAAAAUAAA